CGAUACGGUAGCGAAUGUCAUAGAAAUAUUUUUUCGGCCUCUUUCUUUUUGUGCUCCAAGUGAAUACAAGCAACAUGGGUUUCGCUAACGUUUGGUACUCUCAUCCACGUAAAUACGGCCAAGGCUCACGAUGCUGCCGCGCCUGCUCCAACAGACACGGUUUGAUCCGUAAAUAUGCAUUGAACAUCUGCCGUCAAUGCUUCAGAGAAUACGCCAAUGAUAUUGGUUUCAAGAAGUUGGACUAAAUGUAUUCUCCUGAAAUGCGUAAAAAUCGUCAAUUUGAAUUAAUCUGAAUGAGGGCCGAUAUCAAAAACAACAACAACAAUAAUCAUUUGAAGAGUGUCAAUGAAAUCAAGUUGUGCAUAAUAUUCAACAACUGAGCAACAAACCAAUCAAUGUAUUGACAAUUAUUUAGAUUAAUUGCAAAUAAAAACAUUUUUGCAACAUCAAA